AUGAGUGCUCAAAGGGAGGAAUUACAAGACCGGGCCAUCGUCAAAAUAGCAGCUCACUUACCAGACCUCAUCGUCUAUGGAGAUUUCUCUCCAGAGCGGCCAUCAGUGAAGUGUUUUGAUGGCGUUCUGAUGUUUGUUGAUAUUUCAGGUUUUACUGCGAUGACGGAGAAGUUCAGCACAGCAAUGUACAUGGACCGAGGGGCCGAGCAGCUGGUGGAGAUCCUCAACUACUACAUCAGUGCAAUAGUGGAGAAAGUGCUGAUUUUUGGAGGAGACAUCCUAAAAUUUGCAGGUGACGCCCUGCUGGCCCUGUGGAGAGUAGAACGGAAGCAACUGAAGAACAUCAUCACCGUGGUGAUCAAGUGCAGCCUGGAGAUCCACGGCUUGUUUGAGGCCAAGGAGGUUGAAGAAGGCCUGGAUAUCCGAGUCAAGAUAGGACUGGCUGCUGGCCACAUCACCAUGCUGGUCUUUGGGGAUGAAACACGCAACUACUUUCUGGUGAUUGGCCAGGCGGUAGAUGACGUGCGCCUCGCACAGAACAUGGCCCAAAUGAACGAUGUUAUUCUGUCUCCAAACUGCUGGCAGCUCUGUGACCGGAGCAUGAUUGAAAUUGAGAGGAUUCCGGACCAGAGAGCAGUUAAGGUUAGCUUCUUAAAACUACCCCCUACUUUUAACUUUGAUGAGUUUUUCACCAAGUGUAUGACCUUCAUGGAUUAUUAUCCUUCUGGUGACCACAAAAACUUCCUGAGGCUUGCCUGCAUGCUGGAGUCUGAUCCUGAACUCGAGUUGUCCCUACAAAAGUAUGUGAUGGAAAUCAUUUUGAAGCAGAUCGAUGACAAGCAGCUCCGGGGCUAUUUAUCUGAGCUUCGCCCAGUGACGAUAGUUUUUGUGAACUUGAUGUUUAAAGAGCAAGACAAAGCGGAAGUCAUAGGUUCAGCCAUCCAAGCCGCCUGUGUGCACAUCACUUCUGUCCUGAAGGUCUUCCGAGGCCAGAUCAAUAAGGUCUUCAUGUUUGACAAGGGAUGCUCCUUCCUCUGUGUCUUCGGUUUCCCUGGGGAAAAGGCAUCUGACGAGAUCACUCACGCCUUGGAAAGCGCCGUGGAUAUAUUUGACUUCUGUUCUCAAGUCCACAAGAUCCGUACUGUCUCCAUCGGCGUUGCCAGUGGGAUCGUCUUCUGUGGGAUCGUUGGACACACUGUGAGACAUGAGUACACAGUCAUUGGUCAGAAGGUCAAUAUUGCUGCCAGGAUGAUGAUGUAUUACCCAGGCAUCGUGACCUGUGACUCUGUCACCUAUGAUGGCAGCAACCUACCAGCCUACUUUUUUAAAGAGCUUCCAAAGAAAGUCAUGAAAGGUGUUGCAGACUCUGGACCGGUGUAUCAGUGUUUGGGCCUUAAUGAGAAAGUCAUGUUUGGUAUGGCAUAUCUCACCUGCAGAAGACAUGAGGGUUACCCUUUGAUGGGACGUGUUAAGGAGAUCGACUACUUCAUGUCUGCCAUGAAAGACUUUCUGAUGACGAAUUGCAGCCGAGUUCUAAUGUAUGAAGGAUCUCCAGGAUAUGGCAAAAGCCACUUGCUUAUGGAGAUCGAAUACCUGGCCUCCCGGCAUGAAAACCACAGGGCUAUUGCUAUUGCACUGACUAGGAUCAGCUUCCAUCAAAAUUUUUAUACCAUCCAGAUACUCAUGGCUAAUGUACUAGGUCUAGAUACUUGUAAACAUUACAAAGAACGACAGACCAACCUGCAAAAUAAAGUCAAGAUGCUGUUGGAUGAUAAAUUCCACUGUCUUCUUAAUGACAUCUUCCAUGUUCAGUUCCCUGUUUCCCGGGAGAUGUCCAAGAUGAGCACAUUAAGAAAGCAAAAGCAACUGGAAGCGCUGUUUAUGAAGAUCUUGGAGCAAACAGUGAGAGAAGAGAGGAUUGUUUUCAUCAUUGAUGAGGCCCAGUUUGUGGACGGAACCUCCUGGGCCUUCAUAGAAAAGCUCAUCCAGUCUAUGCCUAUCUUCAUUGUGAUGGGCCUGUCUCCCUUCCCUGAAAGUCCCUGUGUGGCUGCCAAUGCUAUAAUGAAGAACCGGAACACCACUUAUAUCAUUCUUGGUGCCAUGCAGCCUCAGGAAAUCCGUGAUAAGGUCUGCAUUGACCUUAGUGUAAGCAGUAUCCCCAGAGAGCUGGACUCGUACCUGGUGGAGGGGAGCUGUGGGAUCCCACUUUACUGUGAAGAAUUGCUGAAGAACCUCGACCACCACAGAGUUCUCCUUUUCCAACAAGCAGAGUCUGAGGAAGAGACCAACGUGACCUGGAACAACCUGUUCAAGAAUUCUGUUAGGCCGACAGAAGACACACAUUUUUAUACUUUGGUAUCUGAGGGACGUAAGGAAGUCUGUUACCUUGCAAGUGGUGUCAGGCUAAAGAACUUGUCCCCUCCAGCAUCACUGAAAGAAAUCUCUCUGGUCCAGCUGGACAGCAUGAGCCUUUCCCAUCAGAUGCUGGUGAGAUGUGCUGCCAUCAUUGGCCUAACCUUCACCACAGAGCUGUUGUUUGAGAUUCUCCCCUGCUGGAACAUGAAGACCAUGAUUAAGGCCCUGGCCACCCUCGUGGAAUCAAAUAUUUUUGAUUGUUUCCGGAGUAGCAAAGAUCUUCAACUAGCCCUAAAACAAAACGUGACCACACUUGAGGUGCAUUAUCGCUCUUUGUCCUUGAAGCCCAGCGAGGGGUUAGGUGAGUAUGAUGAAGAGGAACUACGUGAGAAGGAAGGAGAAGUGAUUGAGUGCCAGAUCCUGCGCUUCUGCAGACCUAUAAUGCAGAAAACGGCCUAUGAACUCUGGCUUAAGGACCAGAAGAAGGUCUUGCAUUUGAAAUGUGCCCGCUUUUUGGAGGCAAAGGCCCAUCGGUGCAACCACUGCAAGAACAGGGACUUCAUUCCUUACCACCAUUUCAUAGUGGACAGCCGACUCAACCCCUUGGAUAUGGAUAAAGUCAAGAAGAUGGCAAAGUCUCAAGGAUAUAAAACUGAAGAGGACGUCAUCUUUUCUAAGUCAGAGGUCCAUAAGAAAUACAGAUUCCCUGAGAUCCUCAGUGACACAGAAACAAAGGAAGUAAUAUUACAUUUCUUUGACAACGUUAUCAUAAAGAUGAGGUCGUCUCCGGAAUACAUCAUUCCAUCAGAAUCAUGCCGGUGUGAGGAGCUGCUCCAGAUUGUCAUCUUGCCACUGGCCCAACAUUUUGUAGCCUUAGGAGAAAACAACAAAGCCCUGUACUACUUCCUAGAAACUGCAUCUGCAUAUCUCCUCCUGGGUGACAACUAUAAGGCAUACAUUUAUUUGGGUGAGGGAGAGCGGUUGCUGAAAACUCUGACGAAUGAAGAUUCUUGGAGCCAGGCCUUUGAAUAUGCUACAUUUUAUAGUCUCAAAGCCCAGGUUUCUUUCAACAUGGGGCAGAUGGUACUCGCCAAGAAAAUGCUGCGAAAGGCACUGAAACUUCUCGACCGGGUGUUUCCGACCAACUUAAUCACCCUGCUUCUCCAAACACACGUGGAAAAGAACAGAUUCUCCCACUUGAUGAGCCAGCAUCCCCAGGAGGGCUCGGUGCCAGGGAAGAAGCUGGCUCUACUUUACCUGCAGUCUGCAUGCUUCUCCUUGCUGUGGAAGAUCUAUAGCUUGAAUUUCUUUUUCCACUACAAGUACUACGGCCGGCUGGCAGUGAUGAUGCAAGUGAACACCUCACUGGAAACUCAAAAUUAUUUCCAGAUCAUCAAGGCUUUUCUGGACUAUUCAUUGUACCACCAUUUGGCUGGAUACGAAGGCAUGUGGUUCAGAUAUGAAAUCCUGGUCAUGGAGCAGCUCUUGAACCUCCCCACGAAAGAUGAUACCAUUGAAAUCAUAGCUUAUGUGGCUGACACACUGGGCCAUAUCAAGUUCUUAAUGGGUCAUCUGGACUUGGCCAUUGAGUUAGGUUCCCGAGCCCAUAAGAUGUGGUCUCUUCUCCGGAAUCCCAACAAGCACCACAUGGUUCUCUGCAGACUGGUUAAAUCUCUCUUCUUGAAAAGCAGAUACAAGCAUUUGGUCCAGGUCCUUGGAUGGCUGUGGGAUCUCUCUGUAACAGAGGAGCACAUCUUCAGCAAGGCAUUUUUCUAUUUUGUCUGUCUGGACAUCAUGCUUUAUUCUGGCUUCGUUUACAGAACAUUUGAGGAAUGUUUGGAAUUCAUAGACCACAACGAAGACAACAGAAUCCUCAAGUUCCAGAGUGGUCUCCUCCUGGGUCUUUACUCCUGCAUAGCAGUCUGGUAUGCCAGACUUCAGGAAUGGCACAACUUUUACAAAUUUUCCAAUAGAGCUAAAACUCUCGUGGCACGAAGAACCCCAACAGUUCUUUACUAUGAAGGAAUCUCUAGGUACAUGGAAGGGCAAGCUCUCCACCUUCAGAAGCAAAUAGAAGAGCAAGCUGAGACCGCCCAGGCCAGUGGGAUUGAGCUACUCAAGGCCUUAGAGAACCUUGUGGCUCAAAACACCACUGGCCCCGUCUUCUACCCAAGGCUCUACCAUCUCAUGGCUUAUGUAUGCAUACUAAUGGGAGAUGGACAUAGUUGUGACUUCUUCCUGAAGACAGCUCUGGAGCUUUCUGAUUCACAAGGAAAUUUGUUGGAGAAAUGCUGGCUGAGCAUGAGCAAGGAAUGGUGGUACUCAGCCUCCGAGUUCAUAGGAGACCAGUGGCUUCAGACCGUCCUGAGCCUUCCAUCAUGGGAUAGAAUCGCCUCAGGCAACGUAGCCCUUCAGGAUGUUCAAAAGAACAAAUUCCUGAUGAGAGUGAAUAUCCUGGACAACCCUUUCUAAAAAUUCAUGAGCAAGAGCAAAG